GGCAGCUCUUUCCCUUCCCAGCCAAACCAGCCCAUCGCCCUCCGUCCAUCGCCUUUGCAAAAGGGCUACCGGAGUGCCUGCCCGCCCCGCGUGCUCUUGGGCAUUAGGCCGCCUGCGCUUUGCAUCCGGGGAGAGCGACCGUUUCCCCGGUGGUGGCCAUGAGUGCCCCGGACGCGGUACGCCUGCUAGACGCCGCCGACUUCGCGGCCCGGAAGCACGCGACGCAGCGGCGCAAAGACCCGGAAGGCACGCCGUACAUCAACCACCCCAUCGGUGUAGCCCAGAUACUGGCACAGGAAGCUGGAAUAACAGAAAUUGCAAUACUGCAGGCUGCUCUCCUCCAUGACACUGUUGAAGACACAGACACCACCUUCUCAGAGAUCGAGGAGCACUUCGGGGAGGAAGUGAGGCGAAUUGUGGAGGAAGUGACGGAUGACAAGACUUUGGGCAAGAAGGAGCGCAAGCGGCUGCAGAUUGAACAAGCCGCUCAGAGCAGCCGAGAGGCCAAGCUGGUGAAACUGGCAGAUAAGCUGUACAACCUGCGAGAUCUCAACCGCUGCACACCCCAAGGCUGGUCCGAGAAGCGAGUCCAGGAGUACUUCCACUGGGCUUCGAAGGUAGUGACAGGCUUGCGCGGGACAAGCCCAGUGUUGGAGGAUAAAUUGUGGCUGCUGUUUAAAGCCAGAGGGCUUUAAACCUGAGUGACAUGGCUAAGCUGCAGCCAAAUCCACUGGAAGGGAAAGCAGGCCACAAACCUUGCUGAGCUACUAGGUAAAAAAUGGAGAAGACUUUCGCCAAUUUGUCUUCGGUCCCACUUAACUCUUAUCCUGCCUCAGGGUUUCUGCACUGCCCAUUAGCUACACUCAGUGUAAAGUGAUACCCUCUACAUAUAUUUGGAAUACUCUGAAAGUAUUCUGGAAACAAGGCCUUUUCCAUCCUCUGGAACAAGCGUAUACAUUAAGGCAUACAAGGGGAGAGGAUGAAAGUAGCUCACUUCCUUCUCUUUUCCCCCUGUCCCCGGUCCCUGCAAAUAAAGAGGAAGGCAGCCUAAGGAUACCACGGCCUACUCCUUUCCCCACGUGACUUGGCUAUUGCAGCACCUUUGGAGGGCAGGACUACAAAAAACUCUUGCACCUGCAGUUCAAGCACAGCAUCCUCCUUCCCUCAGCUCAUUACGGGCAUAUGCAGAAAAUCACUUUGCAAUAUGGUUCCUGGAGCGUAAUGGAGUGUCUCCGUUCCCAAGAUCUUACUUAUCUCACCCACCCACCUUGCUUGGCUGGAUAGCGAAAGCAUGUAUGUUGAGUGGUUCUCAAUAAAAGCCUUGAGCAAUUUGUGA